CAGAGCCGCUGGGACCGGGAGUGAAGCUCAUAGACCUCCGAGGAGCUGCAGAAACCACCGAGGCGCACUAAGGGAGUCCUGUGUUCCACUUUGGCUCACUCUGCACUUCAUACACCGCUCUGAUGUCUCUGCCCUUAUGUCGACAUUCGCCCUGAGGGUCACACUGGCGAAAACCAGCUGUACAAAAACUCUGUCACAGAAGGAUUCUUGGACUUUUGAACUUAUGUGGCUCUUAAUUUUAUUGUCAGUGGCCUUUUCAGCCGCGCAGGACUCGGACACCCUGGCCAAGAAUGAGGACAUCCCGGAGGGCGCAUCCACCCUGGCGUUCGUUUUCGAUGUGACCGGCUCCAUGUACGACGACCUGGUCCAGGUCAUCGAGGGAGCUUCUAAGAUUUUAGAAACAUCCCUGAGCCGACCGAAGAGACCGCUGUAUAACUUCGCUCUGGUGCCCUUUCAUGACCCAGAGAUUGGACCUGUAACAAUCACAACAGACCCAAAGAAGUUCCAGCAUGAGCUUAGAGAGUUGUACGUUCAGGGAGGUGGCGACUGCCCAGAGAUGAGCAUCGGUGCUAUAAAGAUUGCUUUGGAGAUCUCUUUGCCAGGAUCUUUUAUUUAUGUUUUCACAGAUGCCCGUUCUAAAGAUUACAAACUGACUCAUGAAGUCCUGCAGCUCAUUCAACAGAAACAGUCACAGGUAGUGUUUGUGCUGACGGGUGAUUGUGAUGAUAGGAAUCAUAUUGGUUACAAGGUGUAUGAGGAGAUUGCCUCUACAAGUUCUGGGCAAGUUUUCCACCUAGAUAAGAAACAGGUCAAUGAGGUUCUUAAAUGGGUAGAGGAGGCUGUGCAGUCCUCAAAGGUCAACCUGCUUUCCACUGAUCAUUUCAGUCAGGUCAGCAACACCUGGCAGAUGCCCUUUGAUCCCAGUCUAAAAGAAGUUACGGUGGCUCUCAGUGGCCCAGCACCUGAUAUUGAGAUAAAAACUCCUCAGGGAAAACUCUUGGGGAAGGCUGAUGGCCUGACUGAGCUGUUGCACAUUCCCAACUCGGCCAAAGUUGUCAACAUCAAGGACCCGCAGCCAGGAAUGUGGUCUGUCAAGACAUCAAGUAAAGGGAGGCACUCAGUCCGGAUCUCAGGUCUCAGCACCAUCGACUUCCGUGCCGGGUUUUCCAGAAAACCUACAAUGGAUUUUAAAAUGACAAUCAGCAGACCAGUUCAAGGUAUUCCCACUCACAUCCUUCUGAACACCACUGGACUUUCCCCUCCUGCUCGGCCUGACCGGCUGGAGCUCCUCACAAUUACUGGCGAAGUUAUCAAAACUUUGCCAAUCAGGUAUUACCCAGAGCGACAGCCGUACAACCUCUGGAACAUCACAGAGUUCAUCCCUCCCAACGAGGCCUUCUUCCUGAGGCUUACGGGAUAUGACAGCCAGGGUUUUGUGUUCCAGAGAGUCUCCAGUGUCUCGUUCUCCAGCAUUGUACCUGAUGCACCUAAGGUGGUAAUGCCAGCCACCACAAGUGGUUAUUACCUCCGGAGAGGGUUUAUCAGAUGCCAGGUAGAGAGUUUGUUACCAUUUACUCAGCGCUUCAGCAGAGAUGGAAAGCGACUUGGAGUAGACCAACUCUUCAGUGAAUCAGAUAGCGUGUCAUGGGAAAUCGAAAAGGUAACUCUGAAGGACGAAGGCCACUACGAAUGCAUCGCAAUUAGCAGCGCUGGAACAGGACGAGCUCGUACCUUCCUGGAUGUGUCAGAACCGCCCCCUGCCAUCACUGUUGAAGGGAAUGUUACCGUCUCACCUGGCAGUCAUGCUGUCCUCACCUGCCAAGUCGUCAGCACUGUUGCCUUCAACCUCACCUGGCUGCGAGGGGGAUACGAUGCUCGUCUGAACCCACGGGGGAACAUCCUUGCCAACCUUUCACUGCAGGUGUCCAACGUGACCCCGGAUGAUUCGGGCUGGUAUGAGUGCAUUGCUGCUAAUGAAGGAGGAAAGACCACAGAUCGGACGUAUCUCACAGUACAAGAGACACCCAGGGUGUCAGUGGAGCCUCGAAAUCAGACCUUCAUGAUGGGAGAUGAAGUGAGGAUCAGGUGUUCAGCCACUGGCUAUCCUCCACCACGUCUGGUUUGGACCCACAACGACAUGUUUAUUACAGGAAACAAUAGACACCGGAUGACUCUUGAUGGCACUCUGGUUAUAAGAAACACAAAGAAGAAGGAUGGAGGAGUGUAUGGCUGUUUGGCCAGUAACCAGGCUGGUACUGACACGAUGACCUCUAUUCUCACCUAUUUUGAAUUUCCUGUGGUGUUAGCAGUCUUAAGAGAAAUACUCAGUAACAUUGGAGAAACCACGACGAUGUCCUGUUCAGCAUCCGGCAUCCCUCAGCCUGAGAUCUGGUGGUACAAAGGUAAUAUUCAGCUCCAUUCCUCGGAUCUGUUGGAGGUGGACAAAAUAGGAGGAACACUUACCAUAAAGCAAACCCAGUUGGGUGAUGCUGGAGACUACUCCUGUGUGGCCGUAAAUCCUGCUGGUUCCUCCUCACUAAAGAUCCGUCUUGAUGUUGGAGCUACACCGAAGUUCACUCUUGAGCCAUCAAAUGUAGUAGAGGACAUUGGAUCCAACGUGACGUUGUCCUGUCAAGCGCACGGGCAUCCUGAGCCGCAAGUCACAUGGAGGAGGGAGGACGGGCCCUCUCUGUUUAACCGAGCCCACUCACAUAGCACUGUCAUACAGAAAAAAGGGGACCUAUACAUAUUUAAUCUAUGGGUGGAGGAUGAGGCGGAGUACAUAUGUGAAGCCAAAAACCGCUUUGGGAAGAUCCAAGCCAAGGCUAGCAUCACUGUGACAGGACUUGUUAAACCUGUGAUUGCGAUGAGUCCGCCUGUUAUCAGUGUGAUCGAGGACCAGCAGCUCACUCUGCCCUGCGUGCUGCUGGCUGGAAAUCCACUGCCAGAAAGGCAGUGGCUCCACAACUAUGGCCUGGUGACCCCAGACCAGUAUGUCACAGUGAGGAGAGAUGGUAGUCUGCAUAUUGAGAGAGUUCAGCUGGAUGAUGGAGGCGACUACACCUGCUUGGCUGAAAACGUUAUAGGGGCCACCAACCAUACGACUGUCGUUUACGUCUAUGUUAUCCCUACAAUUCAGCAUGGGCCUCAAGUAUUUAGCACAAUUGAAGGUACAUCUAUAACUCUGCCCUGCCGUGCCAGUGGAGUACCCAGUCCGGACAUCACUUGGAGCAAGGGUGGGGAGCUGCUAAACGUGGGUGGUCCAGCUUUCUCUUUGGAUUUGGAUGGCAGCCUCCUCAUCACUUCUCCCUCUGGAAACGAGACUGGAGAGUUUGUCUGCACAGCUACCAAUGCAGCGGGAUAUGCAACUAGGAAGGUGCAGCUCACAGUCUAUGUCCGACCUAAGCCUGGAGUUGGUGGCACUGGAGGUUUAGGAGAGCCUGUGAGGAUGUCAGUGAUCCAGGGAGAGGAUAUUGUUUUGCCAUGUGACGUUCAAAGUAUCCCACCACCCACCAUCAGCUGGGCGAAAGAGAGACAGCUCAUCUCGCCCUUUUCCCCGAGGCAUCGUCAGCUUCCAUCUGGAUCCAUGAAGAUCCUUGAGACUAGAGUUUCAGACAGUGGACUUUAUGUUUGUGUUGCCUCAAAUAUUGCUGGUAAUGUGACGCUGUCCAUCGAGCUGAGUGUUUUAGUUCCUCCUAAAAUCCAGCCAGGUCCAAGAUUGAUAAAGGUUCAGGUUGGUCAUCAAGUAGAGCUGUCUUGUGUGGUGGUAGGAUUCCCAGAGCCGACGGUCAGCUGGACCAAAGACAAUAGAAACUUCCCUGUGUCACAUGGUGGCACUCUAACACUGAGGGAUGUAAAGCUUGAUGAUGAAGGAAUCUACACAUGCACAGCCACCAGCACUGCAGGCCGGGACCAGGCUCAGGUUAAGGUUCAAGUCCAAGCCCCCCCUGUUGUUGAGGUGCCAGACCCUCCUUUCAACAGUCCUCUGCAGGAGAGAGUUUUGAACCAGCGCAUCGCUUUCCCCUGCCUUGCAAAAGGUCUACCGAAGCCAGUGAUCCGUUGGUUGCGUAAUGGGGUUGAACUGACAGGCAAUGAGCCCGGUGUGUCCAUCCUGGAUGAUGGUACUCUGCUGAUUUUAGCCGCUCUCUCACCUCUGGAUGAUGGAGAGUACGUCUGUACUGCAGCUAACGAUGCAGGAUCCACCGAGAAAAAGUACCAGCUCAGAGUCAAUGUACCACCAGAUUUUCGUGAUGGGGACGCACCAGGCAAUGUAUCAGUAGUCCUAAAUGAGCCAGUCAGUUUGGUGUGUGAUGUCACGGGAAGUCCAAAACCUAUCAUCACCUGGUUUAAGGAUGGCACUCCUGUUGUUGGCGGUAACAGCAUCCAGAUUCUUGGAAAAUCUCUGAAACUGCUGAAGGCAGAAACGGCUGAUGCAGGCAGCUACAGCUGUAAAGCCAUUAACAUUGCAGGCAGCAGAGAAAAAGAGUUUGUUUUAGAUGUACUUGUCCCACCAACAAUUGUAGGAUCUGGCUCUCCUAUGGAUGUUUCAGCAAUUCUCAAACAAGAGCUCACGCUUGAAUGCAUAGUGCACGGUUCACCUUUUCCCACAAUCCAGUGGUACAAAGACAGAAAGUCGGUGUUUCUUGGUGAUCCCAAUCUGGAAGUCAUCAACAGGGGUCAGGUGUUGAGGAUAAAAAAUACUCGACUUGGAGACCAGGGUCGCUACCAGUGUGGUGUCAUAAACACAGCUGGAAAACAGUCCAAAGACUUCAACCUUAGUGUUUAUGUGCCUCCUGCCAUCAUAGGAGGCAACUUAACAACGAAUGUGACAGCACUGCUGCACACAAUGGUAACACUGGGGUGUGAAGUACGUGGAGUACCGCAUCCCACCAUCACCUGGUACCGCAGAGGAGAAGCCAUCAUGUCCAGCCGACAGGCUCAGUAUCUAGAGAGAGGUGUCCGACUGAAGAUCCCGCGAGUUCAGGCGUCUGACGCUGAUCAGUACACCUGCAGGGUUAACAAUGUGGCCGGAAGUGCAGAGAAGAGCUUUGAGCUGGAUGUGUACAUGCCUCCCACCAUUACUGGAGGGGAAGAUGGGCCCACGGAGAGAAAAGUGGUCCUCAGUAAACAUCUGACCCUGGAGUGUGAGGCAGCAGGUCACCCACCGCCCUCCCUCACCUGGCUGAAAGAUGGAGUCCCUGUGCAUCAUGGAGACGGAGUUCGUCUUCUAGAGCAAGGGAGGAAAUUAGAAAUCCUCUCAGCCUCCAUCUCAGACUCUGGACGCUACAUCUGUGUGGCUACAAGCAUCGCUGGAGAGAAGGAGGUCAAAUAUGAUGUCAAAGUAUUGGUUCCUCCUGUCAUUGAUGGAGCUGACGCAGUGACAGACAGCUCAGUAAUAAUCAACACUCCUUUGGAGCUGGAGUGUCAAGCCACUGGGACGCCUGCACCUGCUAUCACGUGGUACAAAGAUGGGAAACGAAUCAGAUCUGGAGACGGAUUGCGGAUUGCAGCAAGCGGUCGACGGCUCAUCAUUUCUCGCGCUCAGAUCUUUGACACAGCCAAUUUUCGCUGUCUGGCCAUUAAUGAGGCUGGAGACCACGAGAGGAACUUCAAUGUGACAGUCCAAGUCCCACCAUCUAUCCGUACGACGGGGCCUGCUGAUCGCUCAGUGAUUCUUCACAAACCGAUCAGCUUGGAGUGCAUCUCCAGUGGCACUCCUCCACCCAGUCUCACCUGGCUUAAAGAUGGCCGACCUGUGGACACAACAAAAGACCACCUCAAGCUGCACUCAGCAGGAAGAACACUAAAUAUCACAGAAGCCAGACUGGAGGAUUCUGGGAGAUACACCUGUCUGGCCACAAAUGCAGCUGGAGAAGCCCAACAGCAUGUUCGACUGAGUGUCCAUGAGCCUCCCAGCAUCCUCCUUUCUGCAGACGUCGUCAACCAGACUGUUCUCUCAGGCUUCCCCACUGAGCUGGAGUGCAAAGCUACAGGAAGUCCAUUACCUGCUGUAACAUGGUACAAAGAUGGCCGACCUCUUACUGGUGCAGCUGCCGUCCCGAUCCGGAAGCGCGGGCAGGUGCUGGAGAUUGAACAAGCCCAGCUAUCUGAUGCUGGAAUAUACAAAUGUGUGGCUGUUAACCUAGCAGGAGCAGCAGAGAAAGUCUACAGUCUGCAAGUGUUUGUCCCUCCAGAAAUCUCCAGUAGAGGUGGAACGGUUACAGCUGUGGUGAAUGAAGCUGUAAAACUUGCAUGUGAGGCCUCUGGGGUUCCUGUUCCCAGUCUGACAUGGUUGAAAGAUGGAAGCCCUGUGUCAAGUGUAUCACAUGGCAUACAGUUGCCAUCUGCAGGCAGAGUCCUGUCUCUGCACAGUGCCCAGGUCAGUGAUACUGGUAGAUACACCUGUGUGGCAGUUAAUGCAGGAGGGGAGCAACAAAAGGAGUACGAUCUGAGGGUGUAUGUUCCACCAAACAUCAAGGGUGAGGAAGUGAAUGCAACAGUGAUGCUCGGUGGUCCAGUAGAGCUGCACUGCCACAGCGACGCAGUGCCUCCACCAACUCUCUUAUGGCGAAAAGAUGGCCGCCCUAUUUUCAGGAAACCUGGUCUAAUUGUCUCUGCAGAUGGUAGUUUACUCAAGGUUGAUAAUGCUCAGCUGCAGGACUCAGGAAGGUACACUUGUGAAGCCACCAAUGUUGCUGGAAAAACUGAGAAAAACUAUAACUUGAUUGUUUGGGUUGCUCCCAGUAUCCGUGGCUCUGAGGAGGCAUCUCCUAUGACUGUGAUCGAAGGAAGUUUUAUCACUCUGUUGUGUGAGUCCAGUGGUAUACCACCUCCCAGCCUUACAUGGAUGAAGGAUGGUUAUACCCUAAACCCAGACCAGCGACUGAAGGUUUUGUCUGGAGGGCGCCAGCUGCAGAUCUCCAGUGCUGAGAAAACAGACACAGGCUCUUACAGCUGCACAGCCUCCAGUGCUGCUGGCACCACCUCAAAGGAGUACAGCCUCCAAGUUUAUGUUCGUCCUUCAAUCGGACGUAGUGAAGACGACUCUAACGAUGUGACAGUGACAAAAGGAGGCGGUGCGACGUUACUUUGCGCUGCAGAGGGCGUCCCACAGCCCACAGUCACUUGGCUUAAGGACGGGCGGCCCAUAGAGGACCAGCAUGGUGCACAGGUCCUAAACGAGGGCAGAGUGUUACAGAUUAAAGACGCCAAGGUGUCAGACACGGGACGCUACACCUGCAUUGCUGUUAAUGUGGCAGGACAGGCAGACAUUAAGCAUGACGUCAGUGUGCAUGUCCCACCUGUUAUAACCGGUCAGGUGCAGUUUCCAGAAAACGUCAGUGUUGUGGUGAAGAACCCAGCUUCUCUGAACUGUGAGGCUUCUGGUAUCCCUCUGCCUUCCAUCUCCUGGCUGAAGGAUGGAAGGCCAGUCAAGGCAACUAGCUUGGUGCGCAUCGUCUCCGGGGGGCGUAGUCUCCGUCUGUUGCACACCGCAGUGGAGGAUGCUGGGAGGUACACUUGCGUUGUCGCCAACAGCGCUGGAGAAGAGAGGAAGAACUUUGACCUUGACAUUCUAGUUCCUCCAAGUAUUGUGAAGGAGGGAACGGUCGUGGAUACUAAAGUAAAAGAAUCCCAAAAUGUCACUCUAACCUGUGAAGCAUCAGGUAACCCUCCACCAGAGAUUAAAUGGCUGAAGGACGGGCAGCUGUUGGUGCCUGACAGACGACAGCAGAUCGCGUCAUAUGGCCGUUUCCUCCAGAUCUUUGAAGCCCAUGUUGCAGACACUGGAAGAUACAGUUGUGUGGCAUCAAACAGCGCAGGAGAACGCAGACGGCAUUUCAACCUCAAUGUUCUGGUUUCUCCCACCAUUGCUGGUUCGGGUCCUGACAUUUCUGCGGAGGAGGUUACAGUGACCCUGAGCAGCCCCACCUCCCUGGUCUGUGAAGUCCAGUCCUACCCUCCUGCUCUGAUCACCUGGCUCAAAGACGGCAAUCCAUUUGAAUCGACUCGCAGCGUUCGAGUUCUCCCAGGCGGACGGACGCUGCAGAUUCUUAAUGCCAAGAAGGAGGAUGCUGGCAGGUACACUUGUGUAGCCACAAAUGAGGCGGGAGAAACUCUGAAGCACUAUGAGGUCAAAGUUUAUGUUCCUCCUCAGAUUAAUAAGAAUGAUAUCCCCGGGGAAGGACUUGCCCCUAAAGAGGUAAAGAUCAAAAUUAACAGCACAUUGACCCUGGAAUGUGUCGCUCAGGCCUUUCCUUCUCCAGCACUGCAGUGGUAUAAAGAUGGACAGGCCCUGAUGGCAGAUGACCAUGUGUCCAUCAUAGGCAACGGUCGCAUUGUUCAGAUCAAACAUGCCCAAGUGUCAGACACUGGCCGCUACACCUGCGUCGCCACUAAUCUAGCAGGAGAGGACGAGAAGGACUUUGAUGUAAAUAUACAAGUACCUCCACAUUUCAAUAGGCCUGGUGGAGUCAGGGAUACUUCAUCAAUCCCAGGUUUUGGAGGGGAUCCUCGUGAUGUCAUACUUAACAAUCCAGUCUCUCUGUACUGUGAGACAAAUGCUGUACCCCCUCCAACCCUCACCUGGUACAAAGACGGGAAGCUCCUUACCUCUAAUGAUAAAGUUUUGAUCCUACCCGGUGGGAGGGUGUUACAGAUUCCCAGGGCGCAGCUUGAAGAUUCUGGCAGGUACACCUGUGUGGCCAUCAAUGAAGCAGGAGAAGACUCCAUCCAGUAUAACGUCAGAGUGCUGGUACCUCCAAGCAUAAGAGGAUCAGACAAUGAUGUGCCUGAAGAAGUCAUUGUCCUGGUCAACAAAACUGGCCAACUGGACUGUCACGUGGAUGGAACCCCAACGCCCAAGAUCACCUGGUUUAAAGAUGGUCAGGUGAUGAAUUCAGGCGGACCACGCAGUAUUCUGUCUAAUGGACGAGCAUUAAAGGUGUCAAAUGCUCAAGUUUCUGAAACAGGACAGUAUGUGUGUGUGGCUGAAAAUGUAGCUGGAAGUGCAGAGAAACACUUUAACCUGAACGUUCAUGUGCCUCCCACAAUUGUUGGUGUGAGUCCAGAGAAUGUGACGGUGGUGGUGAACAACUUUGUGUCCCUCACCUGUGAAGCUAGCGGCUUCCCUCCUCCCACCCUGAGCUGGCUAAAUGACAGGGGACCCAUACAGCCUAAAAGUAAUGCCCUCAUCAUGCCAGGUGGUCGUACUUUACAGAUCCUUAAAGCUAAAGUGUCUGAUGGUGGAAAGUACAGCUGUGUGGCCAUAAAUGCAGCAGGACAGGCUCACAAACACAUCUAUCUCACUGUUUAUGUACCUCCAAGUAUCCGGGGCAACAGUGGAGACGUGCCUGUGGAGGUUAAUGUUCUUGUUGGGAAAUCUGUAACUUUGGAGUGCGAGUCCAACGCAGUCCCUCCUCCCAUUAUCACCUGGUACAGGAAUGGCAGAGUGGUGACAGAAACAACAAACAUACAUAUUCUGCCAGGGGGACAAAUGCUUCAGAUCAAGCGCUCUGAGGUGUCUGAUACAGGCCAGUAUGUCUGCAUGGCCUCAAAUGUUGCUGGCCAAGUGAACAAGAACUUCAACUUGAAUAUUCAUGUUCCUCCCAGUAUCGACGGCCCAGCAGAGGAGAAUGUUGUGGAAACCAUCAGCAACCCAGUUGCUUUCACUUGUGAUGCUAAUGGAAUCCCUCCACCCAGUCUCACGUGGCUGAAAAAUGGACACACUAUAGAGAACUCUGAGUCUCUGGAGAUGAACAUCUUCUCAGGAGGCAGCAAACUACAGAUAGCACGGCUGCAGCUUUCUGACAGUGGGACCUUUACAUGUGUGGCCUCUAAUGUUGAGGGCAAAGCACACAAGAGUUACCACCUCACUAUGCAAGUCCCACCCAGUAUCUCUGGAUCAGAAAUGCCCAGGGAGAUGGGAGUCCUUGUGAAUGAGAGCAUUGAGCUGGUCUGUGAAGCUCAGGGAAUUCCGACUCCGACAAUCCAGUGGUUGAAAGAUGGAGAAGCCAUCAACAGCACAGAACUCAAAGGUCUCAGGGUCAGUCCACAUGGUGAUACUCUAACCGUGACCCAAGCGGACCCUGCUGUCAGUGGAAAGUACACUUGUGUGGCCUCUAAUGCUGCUGGAGAAGAGGACAGAAUAUUUAAUUUACAUGUAUAUGUUCCUCCAUCCAUUCUCGGCAGCAGUGAGGAUCAGACCGCUGUUCUGGACAGUUCUGUCAGUAUCGAAUGCGUUGCUACUGGGUCACCUCGGCCGCAACUGAACUGGUUGAGGAACGGGCUGCCUCUCCCAGUCUCCUCCAACAUACGACUUCUCUCUGCCGGACAAGUUCUCCGGAUAAACCGAAUCCAAGUGUCUGAUGGUGGAAGCUAUACAUGUGUGGCAUCUAACAGAGCAGGAGUGGACAACAGACAGUACAACCUACAGGUUCACGUUCCUCCUGGUCUGGAAGGAGCAGGAACCACAGAAGAUGUGACUGUCAUCAGAGGAAAUUUGGCAUCAUUGCUCUGUGUUGCUGAUGGGAGUCCAACUCCUACCAUUUCCUGGCUCAGAGAUGGAGAAACGUUAACGGCUGACCGCAGAAUCAGUCUCCUGGGCUUUAACACAACCUUACGGUUCAGCCAGGCCCAAGUUAAUGACACAGGACGCUACAGCUGCGUGGCUAAUAACAAUGCUGGUCAAGCAAGCCGCCAUUUUAACCUAAACGUUCUGGAUCCUCCGCGCAUCAGGAGCUCUGAUCAACCAGAAGAGGUUUCUGUAGUGGUGAAUAAUGUCCUGGAGUUACUCUGUGAGGCCACCGGUAUCCCAACACCCACUUUGACCUGGCUGAAGGACGAACGCCCACUCCCACAGACAGAAAACCUGCAUCUUCUCCAUGGGGGAGAGAUACUCCGUGUUACCGCAGCACAGUUGGAGGACACAGGCAGAUACAGCUGCUUAGCAAACAGUCCAGCAGGAGAUGAUGACAAAGAUUUCCUGGUUCGAGUGCAUGUUCCCCCUAACAUUUCUGGAGAAAGCACAACUCAGCAUCUGUCAGUGCUGCAGAAGGGUCAGGUAACUCUGGAGUGCAAGUCUGAUGCUGUUCCACCUCCAACUUUGACCUGGCUCAAGGAUGGCACACCACUCCAGAAAUCACCACGGCUUCGUAUUCUGUCCAGUGGACGCUAUUUACAAAUCAACAUGGCGGCUCUCUCGGACAGAGCUCAGUACACCUGUGUGGCGAGUAACAUCGCGGGCAAGACCACUCGACUGUUUAACCUGACUGUUAACGUACCUCCAACUAUCAAGGACGGCUCUCAGAUGGUGGUGGGACACAUCAGCAAGCCAGCGACUCUUGAAUGUGUGGUUAGCGGAGUGCCACCGCCUCGAGUCACCUGGAGGAAAAAUGGAGCAAUAAUAGCAGAAAAUAACCCCAGAUAUACAUUUGCAGUGGAUGGAUCUUUACACAUCCCCUCAGCUCAGGUGACAGAUACCGGGCGCUACCUGUGCAUGGCAACAAAUCCGGCUGGUACACAGCGCAAGAGAGUUGAUCUUCAGGUUUAUGUGCCUCCUUCUAUCGCAAGCAGUCGCACCAAUGUGACGGUGAUUGUCAACGUUCAGACCACCUUACCCUGUGAGGCCACCGGCAUUCCCAAACCCGCCGUCAGCUGGCUGAAGAAUGGUCGACCCAUCAGUACUGAGCAGAAUCAGAACAUGUACAGAUUGCUAUCAUCAGGCUCCUUGGUGAUUAUAGCUCCUACAGUGGAGGACACUGCAGAGUACAAAUGUGUGGUUUCUAAUGAAGCUGGAGAGGAAUCCAGAUUAAUUACUCUUUCAGUUAUUGUUCCUCCAUCUAUAGCAGAUGAACCCACUGAUAUAGUCGUGACAAGACUGUCCCCGGUGGUUAUUGCUUGUACUGCAACUGGGGUGCCUGCACCUGCAAUCCACUGGAGCAAAGGCGGCAUGAAGCUUCUCAAUAAAGGGGAAGGAUACAACAUUUUGCCAACAGGUCAAGUCCAGAUCCCUGCUGCUCAGCUCAGUCACGCUGGACGCUACACCUGCAUGGCCAAAAACAUCGCUGGCUCCACACACAGACAUGUGCAGCUAACAGUGCAGGAACUGCCGGUGAUCCAGUCCCAUCCUGCCACACUGGAUGUGAUCUACAACAGCACCGUUACUUUGCCCUGCAGAGCCACAGGCUCACCCAGACCCUCCAUCACCUGGCAGAAGGAGGGCAUCAACAUACCCGCCACUGGUGGAGGUUACACAAUACUUCCUGAUGGAAGUCUCCAGAUCUCCAAGGCGUCUCUCGCAGACUCUGGGACCUUCAUUUGUGUAGCACAAAACCCUGCAGGCACUGCACUGGGCAAGACCAAAGUCAGAGUGCAAGUUACUCCAGUGAUCCGUUCAGAGACUCAGGAGUUACUUGCACUUUUGGACUCCUCUGUGACUCUUCAUUGCGAAGCUGCAGGAUCGCCUCCGCCCUCCAUCACAUGGCACAAAGACGGGCAGCUGCUGAGUGACUCCGGACACCAGCGGCUGCUCAGCUCAGGAUCCCUCCAGAUCACCUUCGUUCAGCAGAGCGAUGCUGGAAGAUACACCUGCACUGCUGCCAAUCCUGCCGGCACUGACAGCUUGGAUUUGACACUUACUGUACAGAUUCCUCCUUCUAUCAGUGGUGGAAAACAGGAGGUGGUUGUUGUGGAAAAAAGUCAGGCUCAGCUGAUGUGUGUGGCGGAGGGCAUCCCACAACCCGAACUGUCCUGGAAAAAAGACGGGAAUCCUCUCAGCGAAAGCCGAGGGGAGUUCACCAUCCUGCCAUCCGGGGAGCUGAUUAUUGACAGCACGCAGCCUGAAGAUGCCGGCAGUUAUACUUGUGUCGCAAUGAAUUCAGUCGGGGAGGACAGCAGGACGGUGACGCUGUCGGUUCAUUCUCACCCCUCCUUCACCAAACUGCUCACAGAUGUUUCUCUCAACAAAGGAGAGCGACUCGUGCUGACCUGUGGUGUCAGUGGAAUCCCAACACCCACCAUUAAAUGGAUCAUGAACAACAAAAAUAUCCCAGUCCAUUAUAAUCAUGUGAAUGGUCACAGUGAGCUUGUGAUAGAGAGAGUAAGUAAAGAAGACACUGGUACCUACACAUGUGUAGCUGAAAACACAGUGGGGACUAUCAAGUCCCUGGGAUUCGUCUAUGUUAAAGAGCCUCCAAUAAUCGAUGGGGACCUUCACGCCAGCCAAAUUGAACCUCUUGGUGGUAAUGCUGUUCUGAACUGUGAGGUUCGAGGCGACCCGCUGCCAACUAUCCAGUGGAGCAAAAAUGGCAUAAACAUCCAGAUCAACAACCGAAUCCGUCAGCUGGAUAACGGCUCCCUGGCCAUCUACGGCACAGUGAGUGAAGACGCGGGCAGCUACAUGUGUGUAGCAACAAAUGAUGCUGGGGUUGUGGAAAGAAGCGUCACCCUUACACUUCAGAGAGCACCAGUUAUAACUUUGGAGCCAGUCGGAACAGUUGUGGAUGCAGGUACCACUGUGGUUCUUAGCUGUAAAGCAGAGGGUGAGCCAGGACCCACGAUAGAGUGGACCCAACAUGCACGCCCCCUGCUGGCAAACGACCGCUUCUCUACCCUGUCGAAUGGCUCCCUCCGGAUCACCAGUGCCCAAAAGGAGGACACGUCUGAAUACGAAUGCGUGGCCAGGAACUUACUCGGAUCAGUGGUGGUCAGUGUCGCUCUCACUGUCCGCGUUCAUGGUGGAUAUUCUGAGUGGACUGAGUGGGGCAUCUGCAGUGUGUCCUGUGGUGCCGGUACCCAGAAAAGAGUCAGGCGGUGUAACAAUCCGUUACCCGCUAACGGAGGCCGCCACUGUGCAGGAUCAGACGCAGAAACACGCAGCUGUCAGGGGAAACCAUGUCCAGUGGAUGGCAACUGGUCUCAGUGGUCUCCCUGGGAGGAAUGUUCACAAACCUGUGGCCAGGGCAACAAAACGAGGGUCCGGAGCUGCAGUAACCCACCAGCUCAGCACGGGGGCAGGCCAUGUGUGGGGAAGGCAGUGGAAGCUAUAAUGUGCAGUAUCAGACCAUGUCCAGUGACGGGCAACUGGGGUUCUUGGCUGUCAUGGAGCCCCUGCAGUGAGACCUGUGGUAAGGGCGUACAAUCCAGGAUCCGACUGUGCAACAACCCUCCUCCAGCAUUCGACGGCCCACAGUGUGACGGCACAGACACCCAAUCACAAGUCUGCAAGGAGAAACCCUGUCCUGUGGAUGGAAAGUGGUCAUCAUGGAUGAGUUGGGGGCCCUGCAGUGUUUCUUGUGGCGGUGGGAGCAGACAGCGGGCACGCCUCUGUGCAAGCCCCGCCCCUCAGCAUGGUGGCAGAAAGUGUGAGGGAAAUGACGUGCACACUGAUUUCUGCAAUAGCGACCGCUGUCCGAUCAAUGGUAACUGGGGACAGUGGAGUAGCUGGGGCAGCUGCAGCAAGACAUGCAACGGAGGUCAGAUGAGGCGCUACAGGACCUGUGACAACCCUCGACCUUCUCAUGGUGGGAGAGCUUGUGCAGGAGCCGAUUCACAGAUGCAGAAAUGUAGCACUGCAGACUGUCCUGUGGAUGGUAACUGGAGCUUAUGGCAGACCUGGGGAGGAUGCUCCUCUUCCUGCGGCGGAGGAGAAAGGACACGUGUCCGACUUUGUAAUAACCCGCCUCCCAGUAAUGGUGGCCGGCUUUGUCCAGGUGACCCCACUCAGCUAUCAAGGUGCAACAAUCAGGCAUGCCCAGGUGGGCCUCAUAAAACUCGAGGAAGCAUCAUAGGAAACAUUAAUGACAUUGAGUUUGGCAUCGCCUUCCUAAAUGCCACAAUCACUGACAGCAACUCGGGCAGCAAAACCAUCAAAGCCACUAUUUCAAAUGUACCAAGAACUUUAGGUCCUGCAAUGAGGAAGCUCAUCUCCAUCCUGAACCCCAUCUACUGGACCACUGCACAGGAAAUAGGAGAGGCUGUUAACGGUUACACCUUGACAGGCGGUGUCUUCAGGCGAGAGACACAGGUGGAGUUUGCUACAGGUGAAAUUCUGAGGAUGACCCACGUUGCUCGAGGCCUGGACUCUGAUGGAGCUUUGCUUCUGGACAUUGUAGUUAGCGGCCAUAUUCUGCAGCUGCCUUCACAUGCUGACAUAAACAUCAAGGACUACACAGAGGAUUACAUUCAGACCGGUCCCGGUCAGCUGUACGCUCUGUCCACCCGCAUGUUCACCGUCGACAAGGAAAGUGUGCCCUACUCCUGGAACCACACCAUCUCCUAUGAUCGUACUAAAGGAAAGAUGCCCUUCCUGGUAGAAACGCUCCAUGCCACGGCCAUCAGCGCUCUCUACCGCCCCCUGGAGGAAGUGUUGGAAUACAGCAUCCAAGCCAGUAUAACCAAAGGUGAUCGCAGCAACCAGUGUCCUCAUGGCUUCACUCUGGUGUCUGCUGGGCCGUACUGUGCAGAUGAAAAUGAGUGUGACGUUGGGAACCCCUGUUCUCAUACCUGCCACAACACCAUGGGAACCUACUACUGCUCUUGUCCGCAUGGCCUCACCAUAUCAGCUGAUGGCAAAACCUGCCAAGACAUUGACGAGUGCUCCCUUGGUGGAAACAUGUGCCAUGGCGGACAAGACUGUGAAAACACCAUUGGUUCCUAUAGAUGUGUCAUGCGCUGCGGCCGUGGCUUCAGGAGAACGGCUGAUGGGCUCAGCUGCACCGAUGUGGACGAGUGCUUGGAGUCCCAGCCGUGUCAUCAGCAGUGUAUGAACACCAUAGGAAGUUAUCGUUGUGCCUGUGAACCGGGCUUUCAGCUCAGGAACAGACGGUGCAUCGACAUAAACGAGUGCAGGCAGAGGGUUUGCCGUUUGGAUCAACAGUGUAAAAACACGCGAGGUGGUUACACCUGCAUCGAUCUGUGUCCGAGUGGAAUGACCAAAAGUGGGAACGGCUCAUGUGUGGACAUCGACGAGUGCAGAGAUGGGACGCAUCAGUGCAGAUUCAACCAGAUCUGUGAGAACACCAGAGGCAGCUACCACUGUACGUGUCCACGUGGUUUCAGAUCUCAGGGAGUGGGACGCCCAUGUGUUGACAUAAAUGAGUGUGAGCGGCUCCCUCGGCCCUGUGCCCAUGAGUGCAUCAACACCCCUGGUAGUUUCAAGUGCACCUGCCCACCAGGACGCCACCUGCUGGGAGAUGGCAAGUCCUGCGCUGGGCUGGAGCGUCUACCCACCUACGAAAGUUACUCGUAUGGCUACCGCACGUCCCAGUCCUCUCCCGAACAGGCGCCCAACCAGCGGCUGUACCACAGCUUUGCUUCUCACAGCUACAACUCCUUCACCGCCACAAAUAGGCGCUACAUGAACCGUAACCGGAGAGAGGCUCACAAACGCCGCUCAAGGCAGAGUUUCCCUGCUUGUAAGGAAGGUUUUGAGUCCAGGGUUGGCCACUGCUUAGAUAUCAAUGAGUGUGAAGUGAGGGACGUCUGCCAGCAUGAGUGUGUGAACACACCAGGGAGCCACCGGUGCCUCUGUCCUGCUGGUUACCGCCUGAUGGCUAAUGGAAAAACAUGUCAAGAUACAGACGAGUGCCUGGAGCAGAACAUCCAGUGUGGAGUAAAUCGGAUGUGCUUCAACACAAGAGGAAGCUACCAGUGCAUCGACACACCCUGUCCUCCGAACUACCAGAGGGACCCAGCCACAGGGUUCUGUUUGAAGAACUGCCCACCGAACGACCUGGAGUGCACACUGAGUCCAUAUGCGCUGGAGUACAAGCUGCUGUCUCUGCCUUUCGGCAUCGCAGCCAACCAGGAUCUCAUCAGGUUGGUGGCCUACACACAGGACGGCGUGAUGCACCCCAGAACCACCUUCCUGGUGGUGGACGAGGACGUCACCUUGCCCUUCGCCCUCCGAGACGAGAACAUGAAGGGCGUUUUGUUCACCACGCGGCCGCUGCGAGAGCCGCACACGUACCGCAUGAAGGUGCGAGCGCUCUCUUACAGCGAGGACGGCGCCAUUGAGUACCAGACGACCUUCAUCGUAUACAUCGCUGUCUCUGCCUACCCUUACUGAGAGCACUUUAAAUGACGCGAGGUGAAGAUGUGUGGUUGAAAUGCGCCUUCAGCUUGCAGAACAACAGUGUGGUGAGAGUGAUAUGAUGUGGUGUUUGGACUUUUGGCCACCGCAGUAUGAAGACUGAAAGACUGAUGUUAAGUGUGUGCGAGGCCAGUAAGCGGCUACAGUUCUGACGAUGUAUGGAUGUAAUGGGAAUAUGAAAGAGACUGGAGAAACAGGGAUAAAACUGAUCCUUUCCUCUAAGCUCUGCCAGUCUGUAAGGAAUCAAUUAUUUUAGUUUUUUAUAUUUUGACUUCACAUUUUCUCACAUCAUUCAAAUGUAUUUAUAAGGUCAGUUUCCUUAUAGUCAAUGUGUAAUUCCAACUACCUAAUAUUACUUUACUGGAAAGUGCUUGAACAUCAACACAACUGAACUUCAUUUACUAGUAGAGGUACGUGGUGCUCAUGUUGGAAAUCGGAGGUUUCCGGGUAGUUUUCAUCUGUUUUGUUGUCAUGGAAACUGCUCCAUCAGCAACAGUAUUUUUUUUUUCUUUCCAGGAAAUACCGGGAUGUAUUUUAUUUUAACCUGUACAUAAUGCUUUAGCUCAAAUUGUGAUGCAGUACCUCUCCUAAUUUUAUUAGUUUUUGUAAUAAAAAAUUUAUAAACUACACUGAAAAAAUAAAAUACUCAUGCCUGUAGUAGAAGUCAACCUAGCAACACAAACUAGAUGCAUUUAAAAUUUUAAACAUUGUCACGAUGCACAAAUAUGGACAUUUUGGACAAAAAUCAUUACAUUCUUUCAACCCUUUCAAUACAUUGAAAAAAAACCAACCACACCUCUGCACUGCUUUUCUGCUUGUGUUAAACACCCCACAGUCCUGUGAUGUGUCAAAAUCAGCACCACAUACCGAAACAAAUUCCACAAAUUCCUCUUUUUCUUCGAAGAAGUUUAAAAACAACUUAGUUUUUGUGAAAAACAAGAUAUAAAAACUCAAACAUGAUGACUUAGAAACAGACAUUUUUUUUUUGCAUUUGUAAACAUUGACCAGAUCAUCUGCAAAAAUGUGGACAUUAACAUUUGAGCAGAAAUCUGUUAGUGUCAACAAGAAAGUCUGAAAAUGUAACUGAAAAGCAAAAUCUUUUCUGCUUAAUGAAUGACAAUCUAAAAAAUGUGACUGUUUAGACAUUAAAGUGAGAAUAUUAAUGGGCCAAUCUGAAUUGCCUUUAGGUGAGUGUGAUCCACUUGCAACCCAUAAAAAUAUGACAAUUGUUUUUCUAAGCCACCAGAAACUGUGGGCUAAUUAUAUAAACCAAAAUAAAAACAUCAAGGUGAAAAUAUGAUCAGCAGUCAUACUUUUUAUUUUUGUUCCAAAAAAAGCACAAACAUAAAAAAAAGAAACAUUUGAGUAAGGCAGUUAGCACGUAGGUUUGCUCUGUUCCUUGUCUUCUCACCUCCAGGCUUGAAGAGCAUCACAGAAGAACUACAUGAAGCAGAAGAAAUCAUCUGGCUUCAUGUUAAAUCUUAUUACUGCAUUAGAAACUGUAUCUAAUGUUUGGAUGCAUCAGAAUUGAUUACAAAAUGAAAACAUAAUCCAUAUUCAAAUAGCAACCAGAGAGUAAAAUACUGGACAAAAUAAGUAAACUUCACUGUUUACUCACUGAGGAUGCUUUUCUCAACAUGUUGAACCACAACAGACCUUGCAUCUGAUAAACAAGCUCAGCCAAUAACCACCUAAACAGGCUACUUAAUUCAAAUGAAAGAAAAACAAAGGAUUUGGCAACAGACAAUCUACCCUAGAAGGCAGACAAAACAUCUUAUAAAAUGUACUUUAAAUAGUCUUGCUGUUACUUUGUGGUUGUUGAAGAACCUACAGUCAACAGGAUGUUUUAAAAAAACGUAAAGCAGGAAAUUAACUUGAAACUUAAUACAAAAAAAAAACUUAUUUGUGGCAAAACAAAAUGUGUAGAAAAGAUGGGUAUGAAAUGUAUGAUUUUAAAUUUUAAAAUGGGAUCAAGCAGACAAUAUAAACAUCUCAACUAAAUCCCCUCUUGAUAUACGGCAAAACUAAAAUCUAAUCUGCAAUAGAAAAGCUUUAAUAUCGAACUGUGGAAAACUGUUUUUUAUUUCAAUUUAGUGGGGAUAUGAGGAAAAUUACUGAGAAGAAUGCAGAUUUUGUUUUCUAAGGUUAAAUUAAUCUUAAAAUAUAAACACAUAUUCUCAUUGCGCCGUAGUUUCCUGUAAACAUUACCGUUUAGCCACAUAAUGACCUGUUCAGCAGCAGAGGGGAGCAAAUGGAUGUGAGAAAACUGCAAAGUGGGAUUACCAUGAGAUGCAUCAUGGGUAUUAAUCCUCCCCCAGCAGCCCCUCAGGGUGAAUGCCGACCCCCGUGGCUCAUAUUAUCACCCGCCAUCUGUAACUGUGCUUUUCUGCAGACGCCCACGGCUCGAGUGUUAUUCUCAGAGGGUUUACUGCAUUUAUUCACUCAGACGUGAAGCCAAAACAACAUAACGCAAAACAAAUACGAACAGAAAAGGUUUGACUAUUGAUUAUUGAAAU